AUGGAACUUUAUGUUCAUAACAUAAAGGGAGAAAAAUUUGACAACCCCAUUGAAGGGAAAUUUACAAAACCUAAAUUAAAGAUUUUUUUCAAGAAUGAAUACCUUCCUAAUUGGUUCUUGGAAGAAAUUUUCUUAAGAUUGCCUGUAAAAUGUGUUUUUAGGUACAAAUGUGUUUCAAAACAAUGGCUUUCUUUAAUUUCUGCACCUUCUUUUGUAUCUCUUUAUAUUUCUAGAGCUUCUUUGUUGCCCCAACAAACACCUAUUUGGACCAUUCUUGCUAACACUUUGAGUGUUAAUAAUGGUGUUAACUAUUUUGCUCAGUCAUACUUGCCUGAUUUGUUGUCUGAUAAUCGGUUACAUCCGAGAUUCUGUACUAUUCAUUUUCCUUAUGUUGGUUGUCCUGAAGAUGAAAGAUAUGCUAUUGUAGCAGUCAGUGAUGGGCUAGUUUUGUAUGAUCGAGGUGGAAGUGAUUAUCGCAUUUACAAUGCUAUUACAGGGGAUUGUAUUGCGCUUCCUCCACCUUCGAUGAGUUUUGAGCGUGUUAGUACUGGUUUUAUAACGGAAUCUGAAGGGGGGUCUCUGAGAAGUUUUAAAGUGGUGAGAUUUGAUUGUCAGUUUGGCGAGUCGUAUAUACUCAAGUUUGAGAUAUUCUUGUCUGAGACUGGAAGUUGGAGAAGUCUUGUUGUUCAUAAUGAUGUACCAAUUGAAGUUGUGUCCCUCAGGAGGCCUGUUUCUUUGAAUGGGAACCUACAUUGGAUUGAUCGUCGCCUUGGUAUUAUGGCGUUCGAUCCGUCCAAUGACUUGAAUCAAUGUCGCGUAAUUGAACUUCAUGAUGAUAUUGAUAAGCAAUGUAAUGAUGCUAGAAAUAAUGGAAGUCCUACUUUGUGUGAUGUUCAUCAGGGUCGCCUGAGGUAUAUCGAGGUGUCUCUUGUUCCCUCAUAUCCCUUUGGAUUUUCAGGCUUUUCUGUUUGGGUUCUUGACGAUUAUGACUCUUCAAAUUGGAGUCUGCAACACAGGGUGAAGAUCCGUGACAUCGUGUUUGAUGAUAUUUCAAUGAGCAAAGCGUUAACUGGGCUCAUUCCUACUCCAAUCGCCUUCCAUCCGCUUGAUGCCAACAUCUUAUACCUUGGUUUCGGGGAUGCUGUUGUUUCAUAUAACAUGAAGACAUUGAAGUUGGAUGUCGUUGCUGUAACAGCGGCUCAACAAAAUUCGUGGCCUAAAGCCGGUACUGUACCGGCUUCACCGUUCAGUCGACUCUGCCUUGGUGAUCCAGAUGAUGUUCCAGUUAUGAUUCAAAGAUUAUUGCCUUGUUGGUCAUCAGCAUUCUUGUUCAUGCUUCCUGCAUGGCCAAUUUCUCUUCCUAUUGAUUACAAAGGACUGAAGAAGUAA